GCGGCCCGGCGCCUGCGCACUGGCCGCCCGGACGGCGCGAUGGCGGCGGCGGCGGCGGCGGCCGAGGCCCCGGAGGUGCUCAAGGAAUGUGGCUGCAAGGGCAUCCGGACCUGCCUGAUCUGCGAGCGGCAGCGCGAGAACACACGAGUUCCUUUACUGCUCGGACACGGGCUGGGCCGUGGGUGCCGCCGACUCCGACUUUGAGGGCUGGGCCUUCCCCUUCCCGGGGGUGAUGCUCAUCGAGGACUUCGUGACCCGGGACGAAGAGGCCGAGAUGGUGCGGCUGAUGGACCGCGACCCCUGGAAGCUCUCGCAGUCCGGACGCCGGAAGCAGGACUACGGCCCCAAGGUCAACUUCCGGAAGCAGAAGCUGAAGACCGCGGGCUUCCGAGGCCUCCCCAGCUUCAGCCGCGAGGUGGUGCGGAGAAUGGGCCUCUACCCCGGCCUGGAGGACUUCCGGCCCGUGGAGCAGUGCAACCUGGACUACUGCCCCGAGCGGGGCUCCGCCAUCGACCCCCACCUGGACGACGCCUGGCUGUGGGGCGAGCGGCUGGUGAGCCUCAACCUGCUGUCCCCCACCGUGCUGUCCAUGAGCCGGGAGGCGCCCGGCAGCCUGCUGCUCUGCUCGGCGCCGGCCGCCGGCCCCGAGGCCCUGGUGGACAACCUGAUCGCCCCCAGCAGGUCCGUGCCGUGCCAGGAGGUGGAGGUGGCCGUGCCCUUACCCCGCCGCUCCCUGCUGGUGCUCACCGGGGCCGCGCGGCACCUGUGGCAGCACGCCAUCCACCGCAGGCACGUGGAGGCCCGGCGCGUGUGCGCCACCUUCAGGGAGCUGUCGGCCGAGUUCCGCCCUGGGGGGCGGCAGCAGGAGCUGGGGUGGGAGCUCCUCAACAUCGCACUCUCCUUUCAGGGGAGACCUGUGUGAACCCCACCCCACCCUCGGCCGGCAGCAGGGAGACUGAGCCUCCCUCGCCCCCACCCUCGGCCGGACAGCAGCAGGGCCCUGGCUAGUGCUGACACGCGAGACUGAACCCUCCCCGCCCCCACCCCAGGAUGGGAGCCAGCCCUCCGCCGGACGGCAGCAGGGCCCUGGCUAGUGCCCAGACGUGAGACCCUGGGGCGCCGUGGGCAGUGAGGCCUGCCGGGGCUGUUCUGAGGGGCAGGCACGUCCCACCUGCGCCGUGGCCACCCUGCCUGGGUCGCUUGGUUGUCACAGUUCAGGAGAAGUGGAGUAACCUGAGCUUACGCAGCGUUG